AUGAAAUGCCUUCCUCUCUAUGUCAUUCCAGUCCCCUGGGCCCCAGAGAUGGAGGUAGGGGACUGUCUGGUGUUAGACAACACGGUGUCCGUAGCCUGGAAGAUGCCAGUGGAGGACAGCAAGAUAGACCACUACAUACUGGAGUACAGAAAGACCGACCACGAAGGGCUGCCACGUAUCAAAGACCAGCGGUGCUGGGAGGUGGUGGACAACAUCAAGACCACAGAAUACUCACUGUCAGGUUUAAAGUUUGACUCCAAGUUCAUGAACUUCCGGGUACGAGCAUGCAACAAGGCAGCAGCUGGAGAAUACUCGGAUCCAGUUACCCUGGAAACCAGAGCUUUUAACUUUGGCUUUGACUCGUCGUCGUCCCAUCUGAACCUGAAGGUAGAGGACAGGACUGUGGAGUGGGAUCCCCAGGGAGGCAAGGGGCUGGAGAGCAAGGUCAAGGGCAAGGAGAACAAGGGCAGAAGUGGAACUCCGUCUCCCAAGAGGACGGAAACUCUGGUGGGAGGGUCGCCUGCCAUCAGAGGAAGCAGAGACCGGUUCACUGGAGAGUCCUACACCGUGUUAGGUGAUACCAGUAUGGACUGUGGGCAACACUACUGGGAGGUGAAAGCUCUUAAAGACUGUAAGUCAUACAGUGUCGGGGUCUCCUACAGGAACCUGGGAAAGUUUGACCAGCUGGGUAAGACCAACACUACCUGGUGUAUCCACGUCAACAACUGGCUGCAGUCCUCCUUCGCUGCCAAGCACAACAACAAGGCCAAGAUCUUCUGUGACCUGGACUCAGGACAACUGUCCUUCUACAACGCUGAAACUAAGCAGUUGAUCCACACGUUCAAGGCUAAGUUUAGCCAACCUGUUGUACCAGCCUUCAUGGUUUGGUGUGGUGGACUGAGCCUCAGUACAGGGAUGCAAGUCCCUAGUGCAGUCAAGAGUUUCCAGAAGAACGAGAACGGCCUGGGAGGAUCCAACAGCAGCCUCAACAGCAUGGCCCAGUAGCCCAGACUGACUGGAUGCGUCUGGAACACCUAUUCCCUAGAACCCUCUAACUCAACUCUGGGGCUCCAGGCCAUUUCCACUGUGUUUUUUUCCCAUUGUCCCGCUCUAAUCAGGGACUGAUUUAGACCUGGGACACCAGGUGGGUGAUUCCCCUCUAAUCAGAGCCUGAUUUAGACCUGGGACACCAGGUGGGUGAUUCCCCUCUAAUCGGGGCCUGAUUUAGACCUGGGACACCAGGUGGGUGAUUCCCCUCUAAUCAGGGACUGGUUUAGACCUGGGACACCAGGUGGGUGAUUCCCCUCUAAUCGGGGCCUGAUUUAGA